AGCCUGCGACGUCGCGACGCUUGCGUCUACCUGAGAGAUUAAACUCAGGGAAAAUUCUAGGGGCGAACAGGUUCCGGAAGAUCAUUGUAGCCUUCCUAAAAGAAAGAAAAUGGAAUCCUGAAAUCGUACUUAGCGAAACAGUCGAGCGUCUCUGAGAAAACAUAAGCAGAACAAUUUGGAAGUACGACUACGUCGGUACGAACAUUAUCGAACAGGAGCUGGAUCUUGCUGAAGAUUGGAGAGUAAUCCCUCGACCUCCUUCCCCUCUGAAUCAAUGGAUGGGUCUGACAGUUUAGAGCAGAGUGGCAGUAACCAGCCAGAGUCUCAGCGCAGGAGGCAGCUGGACCGCCUGGACAGGGAGGAGGCCUUCUACCAGUUUGUCAACAAUCUGAGCGAUGAUGACUAUCGUCUCAUGAGAGAUAACAAUCUUUUGGGCACCCCAGGAGAGGUCACAGAGGAUGAGCUAUUUAGUAGACUUCAGCAAAUAAAGGAUGGUCCAGAACAGCAGAAUAACAGUACGAGUGCCCCCAGCACCGAAAGUGUAGAAGAUCCAGUUGAACCACCAGAAAACUCUGAGGAUCCUGCCAAUGGAGAUAGUCUCCUAGACUGGCUGAACACAGUAAGGCGCACAGGCAACACCACUAGAACUGGUCAUCGUGGAAACCAGUCAUGGCGGGCCGUAAGCCAGACCAACCCGAACAGUGGUGAUUUUCGCUUCAGCCUGGAAAUCAGUGUGAAUCGCAACCUGGCUGAACAGCAGGCAGCUGCUGAAGGGGAGCAGGAGUCUCAAGAGUCUCCAGAGGGUCAAGAAGUGGUGGUGAAUGCUGAUCCACUGGUGGCAAAUGCAGAUGCACUGGUGGCGAAUGCAGAUGCGCUGGUGGCGAAUGCGGAUGCGCUGGUGGCGACUGCGGAUGCGCUGGUAGCGACUGCGGAUGCGCUGGUGGCGACUGCAGAUGCGCUGGUAGCUGAACCACCGGUGUCUAGUGCUGAACCACUGGUGUCUAGUGCUGAGCCACAGGUGCCCAUGGAGACGGAAGUGGUUGAAGAACCAGUUGUAGAGGAAUUGGCUGUCAUAGUGGAAUCAGAGCCUGAAUUAGAAGAAGUUGUUUCACAAGAGAUUUUUGGAGAACCACCCAGGUCACCUGCUGUCCUAUCGAUGCAGCCACCACUUUCUCCUUCUCCACGCAGAGGACAAAGGAGAGCUCGCAGCCGUAGUCCAGAACCACGCAGGACUAGAGCCCGUACUGCCAGGAGCCGCUCCCCUCUCAACCUGGAUCAGCAGGAUGGUUUUCGUAAUCCAAAUAAUGCUCACAGCUCUCAAGUACUCAACUCUGCCACCAAUACACCCCUUGAGCCUCAAGUGGAGGGCAGUUCUCGGACUCGACAACAUGUUCUUUCUAGGCAAAGCACUGCUGACACUGAUGUUCAGCCAUCUAGGGCUGGUGCAGAAACGGUCCCAGAGGCCCAAAAUAUGGGAUCUCAGGAAGGAGAAGCUGCUGGGGGCGAAGGGGGCGCAGCAAGGCGCCGCCCCCCUACUAUUAUGCUUGAUCUUCAGGUGCGCCGUGUGCGUCCAGGCGAAUAUCGUCAGAGAGACAGCAUUGCUAGCCGAACCCGCUCGCGCUCCCAGAACUCAAACAACACAUUUCUUUAUGAGAGUGAGCGUGGUGGAUUUCGUAGGACUUUCUCUCGCUCUGAGCGUGCUGGCGUGAGGACAUACGUCAGCACUAUUCGCAUCCCUAUUCGAAGAAUCUCUGAUGCCGGUUUGGGAGAGGCAACCUCAAUGGCUCUCCAAUCAAUGAUUAGGCAGAUAAUGACAGGUUUUGGUGAACUCGGCUACCUCAUGGAUUCAGACUCUGAUUCUUCAGAUUCAAACCGUGCAGUUGGCACACCUGCAGAUCUGGCUGGAGCCCUCAACAACCCAGACGCUGCUCCUGUUGCUGUUGCUGAUGUUGAUGAACCACCUGUGGCUGCAGGAGUCAGAGCAAGGACAGCUGAAUCUGAUAUUAAUGAGGGCCUUGCCACUGCUCCACCUCCCUCUGGGGGCAGGGCUCGACCUAGACCACCUAUCAGCCUGGAGGAGCCCAGCUCAUUGCCCUUCCUACGACUUGCCCACUUUUUCCUCCUAAAUGAUGAUGACGAGGACCAGCCCCAAGGGCUGACCAAGGAGCAGAUUGACAACCUCUCAAUGCGCAACUUUGGUGAAAGUGAUGCCUUGAAGACUUGCAGUGUAUGCAUAACCGAAUAUGCAGAAGGUAACAAGCUACGUAAGCUGCCCUGCUCUCACGAGUAUCAUGUGCACUGCAUCGAUCGCUGGCUCUCCGAGAACUCAACUUGUCCCAUCUGCCGCAGGGCUGUUUUGCUAUCGGCCAACCGGGAGAGUGUGGUGUAGCUUAUUAAAGACUCCAGGCCUUUUGUCUCACCCCAAGUUAUCAAAUAUCCCAAGUCCAAAAGAGGCUUUGAAUGUGUCUCCACUGUUGAAAUGUAUUUCCUUCAUGCCAUUUGUGAGUCUGACCAUAAUGCAUUCACAGAUUUUAUUUGGGUUGCUCCAUACAGUGACACUGGGACAUAUUCAGUCUUUAGUAAGACAUUUAUUAUUGCAGUCCAAAGUUAGGCACAAGCAAUGCAUACUGUUUGAAUCAACUUGUAGUGACCAAGCAGUCUGUUGCAUUGCAUUAAGCCAUGCACACAAGCAGACUGGUAUCUCUUAAAGAAUCCCUGGAACAUCUGCUCUUUUGUAUAAAUCGUAAAUGGCGGAAGUUGGUUAUUGGUACAGUUCUUAGUUCCACAAGUUAAAAGUAUUAGCUGUAAAUAAGCUUGUAAAAAUAAGUUUGAAUCAUACUUUGUAUUAGUGAAUUGGUUGGGAAUUGUAAAUUAUCUCAGAUUAGGGUUGUGUUUGCCGCAAUUACUCUCCAUCAGAGCAUCUCUAAAUUUGCUGUUUGAUGGCAUUUGGUACACAGCAGAGUUAUUUAGAGUUUGUGAUGUCCAAAGGAUGUAGGACAUAAAUUGGUUUGCCAUUAACAGUGUGACUUGUGCGCUCCAUUUUUUGUUCACUUAAAAGAAACAAUCUACGGUUUUGGGCUGGCAUUUACCAUGAAAACUCUGAAUUGUUUAAAAUUGAUGUACAGACAUAAGGGAAAGAUAAAUAAAACCAGGCUAGUUUUACAAAAUGUCAGUUUAUUUUUGAAUCAUGGCAUCUUUAUUUUCUUGUUCAUUAAAAAUGAUUGAGUAGUGUUCAUACCAGAAAUUAAGGAUGCCUCAAUAUCGGAAGUUGAUAUCAAGUUGUUGACAUGUCAAACAAUUUGAAUAUACUUGCCUUUUUCCCCAAAUGUAUGCUUAUUCUUUAAUGUACAACAAGGAUUUCACAAUCAUUUGUUCCAUCAUUAUCAUUAUAUACUGGUCUGAUCCUUUAUUUGUCCACUUACAUAUUGGAUUGUCUUGAAUUAUUGAUUGACAAAUUAAGUUCUCUAGCAUGGUAUUGGUAUUGAUUGAAAUGACCAGAAAUUGACUUCAAAUGAGAUGUCAACUCUAACCAGAUCCCUCCCGGGAGGUCUAGCUCAAUGUACACGUGACAACUUAAGUUAUUAAUCGAAGGGUUUGAGUGUCACAGAUUUACCAAUUCACACAAUGGUCCUCCUGGCCUAGUAAGGCUCCAGUCAACAGGCUCACCUGCUGUGCCCCCCUCCUCCUGCCCCAUGAGCAGAUGCUUUGUAUCAGUGUGCAAUACAGUGAACGUAGGGAAAUGCAAACCAUGAUAUAAAUAUAUGCUAUUGCUAAAACCUGUUGUUGAUGGCUAAAAUCUUAAAUGAAGACUUAUUACCUUUUUUAAAUGUGUUGAAGUUAUAUUAUUAUAUAUUGAAGUUCUGUCAGUUUUUAUAGCACUGUUGAUCAGGAAAACUGGUUGAAGGAAGAAAAGGGCAUCACUUUUAAUGCCAUCCUGUCAUGUUUCUUUUUCCACUGUUUGAUGUCUUUGCCACACUUAUUACUUCCCUUUGGGACAUAAAAGUUUGAAUGCAAGACAUUGUCAUAGUUGAAUACCAUAAAUAUGUAAAUGAAAUGUAUGUUUCCUCUUAAGCCAUUAUUUAGUUUUUGGCCUUGUUCUGUGUCACCCAGUGCAGUAUGUUAACUGGGUGUUUAUUGAAACUAACCGCUGAAUUAAACAAGUUGUUACGCUACAAAGUGCAUCUCAGAUAUGCAUUCUGUA